AUGGGGGCGUACAAGUACGUGUCGGAGCUAUGGAGGAGGAAGCAGUCGGACGUGAUGCGCUUCGUGCAGCGCGUGCGCUGCUGGGAGUACAGGCAGCAGCCGGCCAUCGUCCGCCUCACCAGGCCCACCCGCCCCGACAAGGCCCGCCGCCUCGGCUACAAGGCCAAGCAGGGUUACGUUGUCUACCGUGUCCGUGUGAGGCGUGGUGGCAGGAAGAGGCCUGUGCCUAAGGGUAUUGUCUAUGGCAAGCCCAAACACCAGGGUAUCACCCAGCUCAAGUUCCAGAGGAACAAGCGGUCUGUUGCUGAGGAGAGAGCUGGACGUAAGCUUGGUGGUUUGAGGGUUCUUAACUCCUACUGGGUGAAUGAGGAUAGUACCUACAAGUACUUUGAGAUCAUCCUUGUGGAUGUUGCCCACAAAGCCAAUCAAAACCGACCCAAGGAUCAACUGGCUAUGCAACCCCGUGCACAAGCACCGUGA